AUAACACAUUCCGUGUUCAAGUGGCUAUAGAUGGCACUAUCCGGGAAAGUCCCUCAAAGCCCAGUCAUCAAGGACACUCCAGAUGGACAGACGGAUAUGAUUUUCCAUUCCAACUGAACUCGCAUGCUUCACUGCAAAUUUUUGCGACACGUUGGCUACACAAAAACAAGCCGAUAGCUGUGGUGGAAGGUUCCGUGAAAGAAUGGCUCGCUGCACCCAACGGUGUUGUUCGCAAGACUCUCGAAUCCAUGGGCACAAAAAUUCAGGCAGAAUUCAAGGUCUCUCAGACUUCGGGUUUGUCUACUGCUGGUAAUUUCCACGUUGAAGAAGCUGUUGAUACGAUGGUCGGGAAAAAUAACGAACUGGGCACAAAGAACAUCGAUGCAUUGGACAUUUCCGCCGUUAUCCUGGACAUCGACCGCGUUCCUAAAUUCGGAAAGCUGUCUUGGGAUGAUCGAUUCUUCCUCGAAAUUCACGCGACGAAUAACGGAGAAUCUCAUAACAUUAUAUCUCAAGGACAACAGGGGGUGAAAUGCUUGAUGUGGGAUACGACAUUCACGUUUAACGUUUCUCAAACAUCACGACUCGUGUUUCGUGUUCUCGGCUAUGACGGAAAAGAAAGCGAACCAAUUCCUAUCGGUAUUGCUAUUUUCGAAGUCGAUGAACUUCUGCAACAAAACGGCUUGAUUAGACGUCCGUUUUUAUCAUCUGCAGCAUUCGUGCACAUAGAUGGAAUCCCCACUUUGUCUUUCAGAGCAGCACAAGCUGGUGCUACGUCAUCUACAGGCUCUAUGUCGCUUACAAGGUCCUUGGGUUCUUUCACGCAGGAACUUUCUGCCGCCGUUAACCGUACUGCGGAUCUCAACGUCCAACCCGAGCAACCAAGAGAUUAUGAUCAAGAUAAGAGAAUCAUCGAACAUGCAAUUUCUCAGGCUAGCAGACACAAUGGCGGCGAUGAACACCUUUACCCCCUCCUGGUAAAGAUCGGUAUCUUUGUUUCGGUGGCUGAAAGACUGGCUAAGCUUCACCCCUACGCAAAUAUUGCAUAUUCGAUACUGGCAACAGGAUACGAGGUCAUCAGGCACAAGAUCGCCUGCGAAAACGGCGUGAUUCGGCUGAUGCAUACUAUGCAAGAAACCUACGAUCUUGUCAUGACCGUCGAUGCCCUCCCGUACCUGCAUAAACAAAGAAACGUUCUCGAAGCCAUCGUGCAGCAAACAAUCGAAUGCGCGUUCUUCAUCCGCGAUUAUGUGGAUACUCGAGACAGCUUCGCGCAAGUGAUCAGGAAUUCAGUACUGAACGUGGAAUCUCAGAUCAAAGAAUUCGAAAAUGCAUUCAAAGACCUUCAACGCAGUUUUCAGAACUAUAUGGCCGUCUCCACACAGCUCACUGUGCUCAAAAUCUUAGAAGAUGUUCAAGAUCUCGGCGCAAAGGCAGAUUUUCGCGACAUGCAUUACGCCAUAGAUGCCAGAUGUGCCGCAUCGUGUGCUGUUCAUCUACCGGCUAACAGUGCGGCGCCCCCGGCUGACCUCAUAACAUCACUGCAGAGCUGGGUUAUCGGGGACAGCAAGGAAACAGAGAGGAUCUGCGUCCUGUCCGGACCUGUAGAGAUGUGCAGCUCCAUCGCGCUACUGGUUGGAGAACAGUUUCGGUUUGCGUCACGCCUCGGUUCUUCAUAUUGCUUUCGAGGUACCAGGCACAACGACACCCGGAGCUACACAAACCUGUUCCCAACAAUCGCCCGUGAUCUGGCAGAUCGUAAUGCUCAGUUCAAGCAGAAUCUCUGGAGGGCCGUGGGAAAUGAUACGAGUUUGCGCAAGACAAGGGUGGCGAAGACGCAGUUUGAGGAAUUUAUCCUCGCUCCCUUUAGGGAUGCCGUUUGGAACGGACCAUACCUGGUCAUCAUUGACGGUCUGGAGAUGGGAGGGAAUGAAGCCACAAGGAAGGAAGUAUUGAGUGUCCUCGCGGAGAAAGGCGCCGAGCUUCCCAGAAACCUCCGAUUUCUGAUCACUUGCCAGCUGGAGGACGACAUAUGCAAAGCUUUUAGCGGUCAAUCGCAUAUUCUGCGCCGGCAACUGGGGGGAGCUAGUUCCCUCGCAAUGUCACGCGCCCAAAAUCAUCAGGAUUAUGUGAGCACAUAAUGCCUUGUCUUCUUCCCGUCGUGCUGCGAGCAUAGCACGCAAUUAGACCUGAACUAAGUGUUGCCUCUUUCUCUAUCACCGUCACUCGAU